AUGACCUUCUUAUUGACUGAUGAAUCUGGAGAAAUAUUCUAGCUUUAUCCAAUUCUCUAUUAUUUCCAACAGUAAUCAUCCUAAUUUGACCAUUUUAUAAGUACUUAAUAGCAGCACUACUUGGAACCAUAAGACUAGUUUUUGGCCAUAAGAACCAACACGUACCCUGAGCCGUCCAAUUUGCAUUAUGAAUGAUCAGAUUUUGUCUCUAAAUUUUCAGGAUAUGUCCACAUAGAUUCGCGUUUCAUGAUCAAUCACUGAAAUGCUGACUGCAUUUUGUAUAUGCAGCAUCAAGAAAUGGCUACAGGUGGUCCCUAACUAAACCAUUUCAAGGUGAUGAGAUUUCAUGAAUCUGUUCUUUUUUUGUGAAAAUCAGAGGGGCCUUAUGCUUUUUGACAUAGUUUCAAAGCCUAAAUAGUUUGAUAAUUAGUUGGAAAGCAUAUUCAUGUGUUAUAUCACGUGCUAUUGUCUCUAAGCAGUGUUUCACCAAAACUCAACUACAAAAGUAAUCUUUAAUUGGUGCCUAUAGAAAAAGCAUAUUUAAUGCACAUCACUAGGAUUCUACAACUUGCCAUAGGCCCUAUAUCAGUACAUAAAAAGAAGCCUCUACCACCACAGCUCUCAGCAAAACUUGAAACCAUUCAAAGCUUUCCUCUGCUUUCAAAGUCCUUACAAGUUCUUUCCUUCAUUAUUUUCUCAUCUAUAUUGAACUAAAUGAACAUGGCUAUCCGUAUGCCUCGUAUAAUCAAGAAGUCUUCUACAACUAAAGAUGUUCCCAAGGGAUAUUUUGCUGUGUAUGUUGGGGAGGAGCAGAAGAAGAGAUUUGUGAUCCCCAUUUCAUUCUUGAGCCAACCUUUAUUUCAAGACUUGCUCAGUCAAGCUGAGGAAGAAUUUGGUUUCGAUCAUCCAAUGGGUGGUCUCACAAUACCCUGCAGAGAGGAUGUCUUCAUUGACCUUACUUCUCAUUUGAGGAACUGAAGCUGAAACUUGCUUUCACAAUUUUAUAGAAAAGUAAAGCAGGAUUUGCGGAGUCUGUAAAGUUUAGGAAUUAGAGAAAACAGAAGUUGCUGUUAGAACGAGGGAUGUUACCUCUGACUAGGUAGAUUAGUGAAAGACAAAUGACUCUUUACUUUUGUCUCUUUCAAAGAUAUUGAAGUAUUGAACCUUUUUCAAUUGAUGGUUGCAUUCAGUUAA